ACUGUCGUAUCAUUUCUAUCCGAUCAUCCACGACAUGUCUUUCGAAAUGUGAUUCAAACGGUUCUCACUCGUGCUGUACGAUACUUAUCAACAUUUGAAAUAUUUAAUCAUGAACGGCGUGCCAUUCGUUUAAUGUUCUUAUAUAAUAGAUAUCCAUCGAAUUAUAUUAAUCAGCAAUUUGAAAAAUUCUUUGCUGAUUAUUUAAGUUCAACUUCUCCACCAAUUUUACCUAUGAUUACGAAUGAAAGUCAAUUUUUAGCAUUACGUCAAAAAUUAUUAAAUGAACCCACAGCAAAACAAACACAACUAGCCAUAAGUGCAGCUACUGUACAACUUACCCAGCGUACACAAAAUGUUAUACAACCAAAUAUAAAUAAUUUCGAAGCAACCAUUCAACGAAACAAUGACAAGUUUAAAAAGAACUUCUUUAUCCAUAUUACACAUGAAGCUAGACUUAACGGUUUAGCUCGUGAAAUACAUAUUAUACAUGAUAAUCACUUUAAAAACACCGAUAAGGCAGAAAUAAGAUUAGUUGUUGGCUUUCGAAAUAAUCCAAACAUUGAAUUUGAACUUUCACGUAAACGACCAGCGUCAUCCUUAUUGAAAGAUCCAUUAGCAAAGAGUAAGAGAUAA